AUGGCCGAACCCGAAACAUCCUCAUCCAACAACAACAAUAAAAAAAACAAUAUUCCAAUUGAAAUCGUCAGCGACGAAGAAAUGGCUUUCAUUGAAGCAGCUUAUGCUUCUGUCACUUCUUCCUCGAUAUUCGCUCGUUCUCUUUCUUCUUGUUGUUCUUCUUCAACGCCUUCUUCUUCUCCUCGUCUUCACAACAGUUCACUCUCCAUUAACUCGAUUACUCUUCUUUCUAAACGAAAGAUUUCUUCUUCGUGUGGUGGUGGAGGUGAUAUUGAAGAUGCUCUCAGAUGUGUUGAUUCUAGGAAGAAACCCGCGGUUUCGGAUUCCUUUCUUCGGAGAUUCAGGAAGAAACGUGCUUUGUCUGUCACCGAUCUUACAUCCACGGAAUGGUGCCCAAAACAAAUGGAGUUUUCACUCCUUCUUGGAGGGAAAAAGGUCAAUCAAUUUAUGAAAGCUGGCAUUGCUCGACACGCCAAACUUGAAGCAGAGGUUAUAACACGGGUGGAAGUGAAGGUUCAAUCGCAAGAAGAUCGAUGGGCCCUAAAGCUUCUUAAUUUUAUUAAUGGUGUGAAUCAGUUAUUGUUUGAAGGAUUAACUCGAGAACUGCCGAUAAUAGGCUUUGCAGACGAUGUAUGGAUGAUAGGAGUGAUUGACGAAGUUCGGAUGCCAUUAACAGAAAAUGAUCAUAAUCCAAUACUAAUAGACACAAAGACGCGUGCUCGAGAUACACUUCCCGCUGAACCACAGCGAAGAAAUGGAAGGCUUCAAUUGAUGUGUUACAAGUAUAUGUGGGACAAUUUAGUUGCUGAUAACUUUCCUUCUAGAAAGUUUUUUACCUAUUUUGGCUUAAACCCUCAAAGUAUUCUAUGUGAAGAUCUCAAAGUGCUAAGUGGUGACUCUGGAUUUUCUGCUAUGACCCUUGAUGAUGUGGUGAGAUAUUACAGAAAUACAUAUACGAUGUUGUCCCCGGCUAACGAUCAGCUUUUAUUGAGAUAUGAGUAUCAGAAAGACCAUUCAUUGCUUUGCGAAGAUAAGUUUGCAUAUGAUUCAGAGUGGCUAAAGGAUCAAAUUCAUUCUUGUCUUGAGUUUUGGCUUGGAGACCAAGAAGCUACUUAUGUUCACGAGGACGAGCGCUGGAAAUGUCGAUUCUGUCAAUACGCCCCAGUCUGCCCUGCAAAUACUGAUAGUAAGGAAAUGAGUGCCAAUACAAGUAAUGAUUCAAAAGCCAAAGAAGGCUAA